AUGGCCAAGGAAAAUUUCACAGUGGUCACAGAGUUCCUUCUUUUAGGACUGACAGAUCAUGCAGAAUUGAAAGUGGUUCUUUUUAUGCUUUUCCUGUUGAUAUAUAUCAUUUCUCUGGUGGGGAAUCUUGGCAUGAUUGUAGUAAUCCAAAUCACUCCCAAGCUUCAAACUCCCAUGUACUUUUUCCUCAGCUGCCUCUCAUUUGUUGACGCUUGUUAUUGCUCUGUCUUUGGACCAAAAAUGCUUGCAGAUUUCUUCAAGGAGAAGGCAACCAUAUCAUACACUGCAUGUAUACUACAAUAUUUUUUAUUUGUAGUCCUUCUUACCACUGAAGGAUUUUUCUUAGCAGUGAUGGCAUAUGACAGGUAUGUAGCAAUAGCUAAUCCCCUGCUUUACAUGGUUGUCAUGACUAAGAGAGUGUGUGCCAUCCUGGUUAUUGGGUCUUGUAUAGGCGGAACAAUUAAUUCACUGACACACACAAUUGGCUUAGUCAGAUUAUCCUUCUGUGGGCCAAAUGUCAUCAGCCAUUUCUUCUGUGAUUUGCCCCCACUGCUGAAGCUCUCUUGCUCUGAUAUUUCCAGAAAUGAGUUGUUGCUUCUGAUAUUCUCAGGAGUAAUUGCCAUAAUCACCUUCUUGACUGUAAUCAUCUCUUAUAGCUUCAUUGUUAUUGCCAUUCUCAGGAUCCGCUCAGCAGCUGGGAGAUAUAAAGCCUUCUCUACUUGUGCUUCUCACCUGACAGCUGUAACCCUGUUCUAUGGUUCCAUAAGCUUUAGCUACAUUCAACCAAGCUCUCAAUAUUCCCUAGAGCAAGAAAAAGUGGUUUCUGUGUUUUAUACUAUGGUAAUUCCAAUGCUGAACCCAUUGAUUUAUAGCCUAAGAAACAAGGAGGUCAAAGAUGCUGUAAAAAGGGUAAUGGAAUUGAAACCAUCUUUCUGUUAA